AUGGUAAAAUGGAAUCAAAAUAACAAUCAUUGUCACAUCCUUAAUGUGGACGGGAGUUGUCUCGGAACUCCAAUCCGUGCUGGGUUCGGAGGUAUCAUUCGAAACAAUGUUGGUGCCUACCUCUCUGGCUUCUCUGGCUUCAUUCCGGAAUCGACAGACAUUCUGUUAGCUGAACUCACUGCCCUUCAUCAAGGCUUACUCAUGGCUGCUGCAAUGGGAAUAGAGGAGUUGGCUUGCUACUCGGACUCGCUUCUCUCCAUCAAUCUUAUUACAGGAAGAGUUUCAAACUAUCAUGUGUACGCUGUCUUAAUACAAGACAUAAAAGAUCUCUUAUCUGUGCAUAAUUUUUCCGUUCAUCAUUGUCUCCGUGAAGGAAACCAAUGCGCGGAUUACUUGGCCAAGUUGGGAGCUUCAUCAAAUGAAGUGUGCUUAUUUCAUGCCACCCCCCCUCAUGAGCUUCUGGAUUUAAUUCGCUUUGAUGCUAUAGGAACUCUAUUUCCUAGAGCAUAG